AUGAGCUCCUACGACAACAACGACUCCUCCAACAUGUCUAGCGGCAACGACAGCUACGGCAGCAGCCGAGGCGGGAACGACGACUCGUACGGGAGCCGCAACGACGACUCUUCCUCCAGGGAUCGCAGUAACGAGGGCUCUUACGGCAGCGGCAGCGGCAAUGACAACGAGAGCUCGUCUUACGGAAACAGCAACGAAGGAUCCUCCUCGUUCGGCAACAGCAACAGCGACAGCAACGACAACGAUCGCUCUUCGUAUGGUGACAGCAACUCCAACUCCAACUCGUCCUCCUACGACAACGAGAACGGGUCUAGUGGUCGCGAGGAGUCCAGCAAGGGUGGCAGCGGCGGCGCCAGUGGCAUGAUAGGCUCUAUGCUGGGUGGCGGCAAGGAGAGCGGGUCCGGCAAUGGCCAGGGAGAGGACUUUACUGACAAGCUGAUUGACGGCGCGGCCAGCUAUGCGAAGAAGCAGUGGUAG